AUGCCGGCGCACUGGACGUCGCGCACAGACCUGCCGCUGCUGCGCCAGCUCGGCGUCACGCACGUGCUGAACGUGGCCACGGGCGUGCGCGACCUGUUCCCCGCAGGAGCUGACCUAUCUGGCGCUGCCGCUGCUGGACGUGCCGUAGCAGCCGCUGGCGAACGUCUUCCCUGCGCCUUCGACUUCAUCGAGGCGGCGCGCGGCGCCGGCGGCCUCUGCCUGGUGCACUGCAACGCCGGCGUGUCGCGCUCUGCUGCGCUGGUCACCGCCUACCUGAUGGAGCGGCAGGGCCUCUCGUUCAGCGAAGCGCUGCAGCUCGUCAACGAGACGCGCCGCGUGCGGCCCAACCCAGGCUUCCAGAGCCAGCUGAUCGACUUCGUCGCCGACAGCUGCGCGAACAGCGCAUCUGAUGACCCUCUGUCGUUGCCAUCGCGGUAUCCGUAG